UGAGCUCACGCGAGGACUGCGAUUUCAUCGCCAGUAGUGUGCGAAAGAGACUGCGAAGAUGGCGUCGCAGGAGACCGAAGCUUCUCCGCAAACCAAUGGCGAGGUGAGCAGCAAUGGAGCUGCUGCAGCCGUGGAUGGCCAGGUUGUACAGACUGCUGCUGGGGACCCUGCACAGCAACAGCCGGCUCCACCACCCAACGCAUGGUCGGUCAUAAAAGGAGUCCUCUUCAGGAUCUUUGUCAUCUGGGCCAUCAGUAGCUGGUUCCGCAGGGGGUCCUCUACUCCAGACCCCAGUACCCCAGCAGGGGCGCCGCAUUUACCCAGCCGAAACCUUUUCCCCAAGGAAAGCCUCAUGGACCUGUAUGUGUACAUCUCCCAGGACGAGGUGUUCUCUGACUUCAACGACACACAGUCCCUGUUCUGGUUCCAUAGAGACCUGGUCUAUGGAGACUGGAACGCUGGAGAAGAGGGGGACGGCUGCUAUGAGCACUCAAUAGAUCUGGACAUCCCAGAGAAGGUGCAAAUGAAUGGUUCCUUCUACAUCCACGUGUAUUUCACGAAAACUGGAUUCCACCCAGACCCCAAACGCAAGGGCCAGUAUCGUCGGCUAGCGACAGUCCAUGCCACGCGAAUGCUGAACAAGUUCAAACGCAGGAAGUUCGUGAAGACUAAGAACCUGCUGACGGGGGAGACUGAGACCGACCCGGAGAUGAUCAAGCGAGCGGAGAGCCAUGGCCCAGUGGAGAUCAUCUCCCACUGGCACCCCAACCUCACCAUCAACAUGGUGGACGACCAUACAGCCUGGGUCAAGGGCUCGGUCCCCCCUCCACUGGACCAACAUGUGAAGUUUGACGCGGUGAGCGGCGACUAUUAUCCUAUCGUCUAUUUCAACGACUACUGGAACCUACAGAAAGAUUACUACCCCAUCAAUGAGACCCUGCCGUCGCUGCCUCUGCGCCUCUCCUAUUGCCCGCUGUCCCUGUGGCGCUGGCAGCUCUACGCUGCCCAGAACGCCCGCUCACCAUGGAACUUCCUGCCAGAGGACACCUACGAGCAGUCUGACGAUGACCAGGACUCUGUCAAGGUGGCCCUGCUGGAAACCAACCCGUACCUCCUGGGCGUGACCAUCGUGGUCUCCAUCGUACACAGCAUCUUCGAGUUCCUGGCGUUCAAGAAUGACAUCCAGUUCUGGAACAGCAGGCAGUCUAUGGAGGGUCUCUCUGUGCGCUCCAUCGUCUUCGGGGUGUUCCAGUCAAUGGUGGUGCUGCUCUACAUCCUGGACAAUGAAACCAACUUUGUGGUGCAGGUCAGCGUGUUCAUCGGCCUGCUCAUCGACUUCUGGAAGAUCACCAAGGUCAUGGACGUCAAGUUGGACAGAGAAAACAAAUUGUUUGGGAUCCUCCCACGCUUAUCAAUAAAAGACAAGUCAACGUACGUGCAGUCCUCCACCAAAGCCUUCGACGAUAUGGCUUUCAGGUACCUGUCAUGGCUGCUGUACCCUCUGUUCGGGUGCUAUGCCGUCUACAGUGUGUUGUACCAAGAGCACAAAGGCUGGUACUCAUUCGUACUGGGCAUGCUCUAUGGCUUCUUGUUAACCUUUGGUUUCAUCACGAUGACGCCACAGCUGUUCAUCAACUAUAAGAUGAAGUCUGUGGCCCACCUCCCAUGGAGGAUGCUCACCUACAAGGCACUGAACACCUUCAUCGACGACCUGUUCGCCUUUGUCAUCAAGAUGCCCAUGAUGUACAGGAUAGGAUGUCUCAGAGACGACGUAGUAUUCUUUGUCUACCUGUACCAGCGCUGGAUCUACAGGGUGGAUCCCAACCGGAUGAAUGAAUUUGGCACCAGCGGAGCGGAACCCACUGGAGUGGACCCUAACAAGGACAGCACAGCCACAGGGGAGGUCACAGCCACAGGGGAGGUCACAGCCACAGGGGAGGUCACAGCCACAGGGGAGGUCACAGCCACAGGGGAGGUCACAGCCACAGGGGAGGUCACAGCCACAGGGGAGGUCACAGCCACAGGGGAGGUCACAGCCACAGGGGAGGUCGCCGCCAUAACAGAAAAAGCAAAGGAGGAGAAGAAGAACGAUUAACAACGACCAACCGCCUUUCUCGCCCUCGCUCCUGGGGUGAAGCGGACAUGUGGAAACCAGGCAGAGUGAAAUGUCAUUUUCCAGGGAAAAGGAGCCAUUGUAUUCUGUCAUGUACACCGCUACAAAUUUCAGUUUAACUCUCACUCUUCUUUGUGUGGGGGGGAUCUGCAGCGAAUCGUAAUUAAUGUAGACUUCCUAUUUUAUUUUAAUUUUUUUUGCAGUUCAAGUGAAGUGAAACAAAUGUGAUGUACUGUUUUCUUUCUUUUUCAAUGGGUAACAGUAAUGUUUUGGAGGCCAGGUUGUGAAUGUGGAAGGCCCAGUUGAGGGUGGAAGGUCGCAGUACAUAUCUCCGUAUUUUCAGAUCUUUGCGGCAUCUAUGGAUUUUGUGAUUAUUAUUUUUUAUUUUUUAUUUUUUUCAUUCCAUGUAUGAAUGCAGUUUGUCAUGGUGGGGUAACUGGAAAUUGGCAAGUAGUGCUGGAGGAAACUGGAAGGGUCCAGAGCCUAGGGCCACGCGGAGGGAACCAAGAUGGACGACGUGUCCAACACUACAGAUGAAAGACAGACUACCCUCCAUUUUUAAACAAAUGGUCGAUGUUCCAAACUUGAACAAAAAAAAGCCUUUUAGGUAUUAAUAUAAAUAUAUUAAUAUUAUUAAUGACUUGAUUUCUGUUUGUCACUUGAAUUUAUUUUGUAUGUUCUGAAACGACAGAAUCUCAGCUUGUAAUGUUAAUACUGAUGUCAAAAUGUCUAGCAAUAGCUGAUUUACAAGUC